AUGGCUCCCAGAACUCACGAACAAUGGGUCGCAGAUCAGACUGGACCCGUACCUGCUGUUGUUACUGCUGAUUUGAGCAGCAAGACACUCGUCCUCAUUGGCGCCGACGCUGGACUAGGAUUCGAAGCUGCUAAACAUUUCGCUAGGAUGAAUCCUGCACGACUGGUGCUGACUGCCGUAUAUGAAACGAAGGGAAAGCAGGCUCUAGCUGAAAUCCAAGCUGACACUGGCUAUUCCAAGGCGGAGCUAUGGAUUAUCGAUCUCGCCAACUUUAACAGCGUCAUUUCGUUCGCUGAUAGAGCCGACCAGGAACUGGAGCGACUGGAUAUCCUCAUAGAGAAUGCUGGCAUUGGGACUUGUUACUACGAACAAGUCGAAGGCUGGGAGAAAACCAUACAUACGAACAAUCUCGGCCCCGGCCUGCUCGCUAUUCGUAUGAUCCCGAAAAUGCUCGAGACGGCCCGCAAGUAUUCAGUCAACCCGAGACUGGUAAUCGUUGCGAGCGAUGUGCACUAUUGGACGAAGAUUGAAAAGGACGUUAUCGCUUCCCCUGGCAUCCUCGCGAAACUGUCAGACAAGGACUAUUGUACAGAAGAGGUGAUGAAGCACAGGUAUUAUGAUACCAAACUGCUCAACGUUCUCUUUGCUCGAGCUCUACAUCUUCAUGUCCCGGUAUCCCCAGCGAUCACCGUCAAUUCCGUGAACCCCGGACUUUGUUUCUCGGGCAUCGGAUCUGGUCUACCUCCCGAGCAGGCAGAACGCAUGCGAAAAUUGCGGGAGGAAUUUGCGUUCACUACGGAAGAGGGAAGCCGGCAGCUGGUGUACGCUGCUGUAGGAUCUCCGGAUAAUGAGGAGAAGCUUCGCGGAAAGUACAUUCAUCUGUCCGAGGUUGUGGAGGAGAGCGACUUUGUGAUCAGCGAGGAUGGGAAGAUCGUCCAGGAUAAAGUUUGGGACGAGAUGCUGGAGAUUCUGGGUGGAGCUGAUUCUAAGGUUUCGGAAGUGGCUAAAUUGUAUCUGACGAACGCUUGA